AUGUCCCAACCACCUCCCGACUUCGAGGCCAUGGAGCAACCCGGGACAGAAGACCAAACGAUGCAUGAGCCUCAAGAAGAGAACGAGGAAGAGGGCGAAGGGGACGUUGUCAUGCCUGAUGCCUCUGACGAUAGUUCAGAGGAACCAGAGGAAGAUGAGGACGAAGAGAGAAGGAUUCGGGACGGUUUCAUUGUCGAUGAAGAUGAGGAAGAAGAAGAGGAGGAGGAGGAUGAAGAGCGUCGGAAACGUCGAAAGCGGCGCAAGAAGCACCACCGACGACAUGAAGAACUACUGGACCUGGAUGAGGAUGACCUGGAGCUGAUGGAGGAAAACACAGGCGCAUCGUUCAAGAAAAGUCGCCUGACGAGACUUCGUCGAGGAGGCCCUGACGGAGAUUCACCUCCUUCUGGCUCCUCUAAGCGACGCGCCGUCGUUGAAUCCUCAGACGAUGACCUAGACCAGGACUUGCCCCAAGUACAGGAUAUCCAACGUAUAUGGGACGACGGAGGGCGUGACGACGAUGAUGAUGGAGACAUUGACGCUAUGGACGAUUUCAUUGACUAUGAUGAAGAAGACGAAGCUGGUGCCCCGAUGGACGAAGAGGCGCGCGAAGAAAGGAGAAAAGAGCGGAGGAAGCUAGAGAAGGAGCGGCGUAGAGCGCAAGGCAUUCGUCCAGAAUUAGCCGGCAUUGACGCAAAUGCAUGGGAUGAAAUCCAUGAGGUAUUCGGUGAUGGCCACGAGUACGACUGGGCUUUGGCAGCCGAUGAGCAGGUUGCAAUAUUCAACGAAUCCAAGCAAGAAAUGAAAUAUCAGGAUGUCUUCGAACCCUCAGAAAUCCAAGCGCGCAUGCUCACCGAGGACGACGACUUGAUACGAGCUCAGGAUAUCCCGGAACGCAUGCAACUUGCCAAUUCCACCCUAUCGCUGUACCCCACGCUUUCCGUUCACGCUGACUUUACCGAGGCAGAUCUCGAAGACGCAGCGCUCUGGGUGACUCAAAGAAUAUCCGACAAGAAAACAGAACUAUUCUUCGCUCCUGACGGACAGCACACACACCUCCGUGCUGCAUUGGUUAAGGCCGUGAUGUAUGCACUUCGCUGUCUAUUUAUUGAAGAGUUCGAAGUCCCGUAUGUUUGGACGCAUCGCCGAGACCACAUUUCUCACUUCGACGAAGUCGACAUGCGAGCUCGAUUCGAGCUUCUAUCUUCAUGGGAACUGUGGCGUAUCUAUUCCCUUGGCCAGAAGUACCGCGCGCUCCUCACGAGAAAGAGGGCGCUCGAGACUUCGUAUCUCCGCUUAGGUGUUAACGACGAAUACUAUGAGACGGAAAUCCGGCCCAAGACAGACAGCGUCGAGGUCGUUGCCGAUGUGACUGAGUGGAUGUCCAUGAAAUAUAAGGACAAGAAGAAUGGUGGCUUCGAGUUUCACUUUCACGAUGAUCACGACCAGGACAGCGCACCGAAACGUAAAAUGCCUACCCGUAUAUCUGCCUACGAGGUCGCAAAGAAGAGUUUGGUCUCAAAGCUUGCGCAGGGCUUCGGUAUCCAACCUCACCAAGUAGUCCUCAAUUACAUGGUGUCCCGACACGCCCAUUUCAUCGAUGACGAAGAACUCAACCCUACCGUGUAUGCCGAACAAUUUAUAGAUCCGGAUCCAUCAAAAGCAGAAACAGCUGAAGAGCUUCUGCGGCGAGCACGAAUGAUUUUCGCCACUGAAUUAGGCAAGGACCCCUUGCUUCGACGCGCCAUGCGUGAAGCGUUCCAGGCCGAGGCGCGGGUCUCUGUAUCCCCCACGGAACGUGGUGUGAAUAAGAUUGAUGAGUACCACAUGUACUACAAUUUCAAGUACCUGUAUCAGAAACGUAUCUCAGACAUGCUGAAGUCAUUCCAGUUCCUCCACAUGCUCAAGGCUGAGGAACAGCAUCUCAUCACGAUAUCGGUCACCCUUCCUUCUGACAUCAAACUUGCAUUCGAGCGGCGGUUGGAGGAUGCGUUCACUUCGGAUGGCUUUAGUGACACCGCGAAGGCUUGGAACGCAGAAAGAACUCGCAUUGUACGGGAAGUCAUUGACCAGCAUCUACUCCCUGCUGCGGUCAAAUGGACGCGGGAAUAUAUACGGGAAGAGGUUGAAGAGUAUCUGGCUCGGCAAUGUGGUGAAGCCCUGCGUGCCCGAGUGAAUGUCGCACCUUUCAGAUCGCCAGAGAUGAAAGUUGGCGAGACACCCUCUGUCCUUGCCGUCUCGUGGGGUAAAGGUGAUCCUCAAAAGGAUGCUAUCUCUAUGGUGUACCUGGACCAGGCGGGCCGCAUGCGAGAAUACACCAAGAUCGACAACCUCAUGGACGAAGAGUCAAACGACGAGUUCAUCGAUCUAAUCAAACGCCGGCAACCUGACGUCAUUGUCGUGGGUGGAUUCAGUAUGGCGACCUCUAAAUUGUCUCUUCGUGUCAAAGAAAAGGUGAAUCCCGGCCAAACUGCUCUUCCGGACGAGCCCCAACCUCCGCCAGGAGAAAAUCUCAAUAUCCCUGUCAUCUAUGUCUAUGAUGAUGUAGCGAGGAUUUACCAGCACAGCCAUCGCGCCGACGAAGAAUAUCCGUCGCUGUCGCAGACGGCUAAAUACUGCGUCGGUUUGGCACGAUAUGCGCAGUCUCCCCUUAACGAGUUUGCUGCCAUGGGUAGGGACAUAGUGGCCAUCAAGUUCCAUGAGGAUCAACAUUUGGUGACUCAAGAGAAGCAACUUGUCACUUUCGAGAGGGUGCUAGUAGAUGUUGUCAACAAUGUUGGCGUCGACAUCAAUCGUGCAGUGACGGACUCAUAUAUACAACUUCUGCUUCCCUUUGUCUGUGGCCUAGGUCCCCGUAAAGCUCAAGUAGUCGUGAAAAAGAUUGCGUCACUGGGAGGUAAUCUUGUGAACCGUGAACAAUUCAUCAAAGCCGGAAUUCUCACUACGAAAAUCUUCUUGAACGCAUCCGCUUUCCUUCGCAUCCCAAAUGAACUCGACUUGAAGCCAUACAAGAAUCGCAACAAUGACGACGACACUCCAGACCCCUUGGACAACACGCGUAUACAUCCGGAGGAUUAUGAACUCGCCCGAAAAAUGGCUACAGACGCACUCGAACUCGACGAAGAAGACGUUCACGACGAGCACCCCUCGCAUGUAAUUGGACUUAUCAUGCAAGAUGCCGACAACGAAAAGAAGUUGGCGGAUCUCAAUCUCGACGAGUUCGCGGUUAGCUUGUACGAGGCUAACGGUGACCUCAAACGACACACUCUCAACGUCAUUCGCGAUGAACUGCGUGCUCCCUUCGCCGAACAACGACCGCCCUUCGUACAACCCGAACCUUGGGAAGUUCUCACCAUGUUGAGUGGUGAAACAGAGCGCAGUUUGCGAGUAGGUCUCAUCGUUGUGGCCAUGGUUGGCCGUUUGGAAAAGGAAAAGGCCCACGUCCGCCUUGAUUCUGGUAUCGAAGGGGUCAUCACCUCACAAUGGGCAGCUGAUCCAGCACCUCGCCAUACACGAGACGUCUUCAAGCAGCAAACUCCUGUUAACGCUGUGAUCAUUGGCAUCCAGGCGGAUCCAAACCGAGACAUUUUCUAUGUCGAAUUGACAGCUCGUCCGGGCGACUUGGAACCGGGCGACAGCUCGUUCCGGAUGAUUCAACAUGAUCCUAGUUGGGACGAUGUUCGCGCCAUGAAGGAUAAGGAGAUGCUUCAACGGAAGAAACGGGCGGAGGUCGAUCGAACCCGCCGUGUCAUCAAGCAUCCUAACUUCCAUAACUUCAACUCUAGUCAAGCUGAGGCUUUCCUUGACAAGCAGCAACGUGGGGAUGUCGUGGUUCGACCUUCGUCGAAAGGCAACCACCAUCUCGCUGUGACAUGGAAAGUUGAUGACAAGCUUUACCAACAUAUAGAUGUUACGGAGAUCAACCCUGAUCCAACGGGCCAAACACUGAGCGGACAGUUGAUGGUUGACGCGAAGCAUACAUAUGCUGACCUUGACGAGUUGAUUGUUAACCACAUCCAAGCAAUGGCCAGGAAAGUGGAAGAACUCAUGGCCCACGACCGUUUUAAGGCUGGGACAGAAGAUGAACUCCAUCUCUUCUUGAAGAACUACCUUGCCGCUAAUCCCGCGAAGAGUAUGUACGGGUUUACACUCAACCGCAAGAAGCCAGGGCAUUUCAAUCUCUGCUUCUUGGCCAACAAGAAGUCUGCGGUCCAAUCUUGGCCUGUGAGGGUGACACCGCAAGCCUACUACCUCUUCGAAGCCCCUGCUCCCGGCGUACCAGAACUCUGUGACGCUUUCAAAGUUCGACAUCUUCACGAAUCUCAGAAUGCUGCAAACCAAGCUGCUGGAGGGAAGACACCUUACCUCGCAGGUACACGGACUCCUGCCCAUCUUGGACGUGCUACUCCUGGACACUCUGUACGACAACCGGCACGGACACCCAACCCGUACGGAGGAGCGACGCCAUACGGUGGUGGCGCUCCUCCCCCUCGACCGGGGUCAAAUCAAUUUGGCUACCAGACGCCGUCGUACACAUCGCAACCUCCACCGACAUCACUUCCUGCUGGUAUGAACCCAGAUCGUGCCGCGAUGAUUCAGAACUCAGGGGGAUGGAGUUCGAAUAACGGCGGUGGUUGGUAG